AUGGCAACUCCGAAAAAGGCAGCAGAACAUUGGACUUCAAUUUCUGCCUGGGUAGCUGCCUCUGAACUGGGCUGGAUUGGAUGUGUCUAUGCUGGCUUAAAUCGUCAACACGUUCAACUAAUGAGUUUCAGCUGGAAAUCGAUACCAACAUUUGAGUUUGGUAGAGCUUCAAUUUAUUCUGAGCCAUGGAAGGCUUGUUGA